UCUUCUCACACCGAAACAGGGCUAUACGUGUGUAUACGCGUUUAAAGCUUUGUUUUGCUUGUUCCAAAAUGCGAACAAUGUACCAAAGUACGGUGUUUGCAGCUGUUGCCUGUCUGCUGCUUGCAGCCUCAGCCUCGGCAGCCAUUAUCACCAAGACGGCCACUUCGUCCACUUUCUACGGUUCGCACAACGGCGCACCCUGGUCGGGAAACCGCGCCCAGGGUGCCCACUGCUGCGGCGCCAGCCAGCAUUCGCAGUAUCGUAUCUUCUACGGCUUCAACCUCAACAUCCCGAGUGGUCAUGCCGUUGACGGCAUCCAGGUCUCGUACGAGUACAUCUCUUCGACCACUGGUUUCUCGGCCUGCGUUAACAAGGACAUCACGCUCCGAACCACGUCCGGCUCGGUCAUUCUCUCCAGCAAUGCCAAGACCGGAUCUAGUUACUUUUCCAGUGGCACCAUCUCCAAAGGUUCUUCAACCGACACAUGGGGCCUCUCUGGUUCGGCGUCUUCGAUCCGCUCUGCUCUCAAUUCGGGUACGUUUGGUGUCGCCGUCCGUGCCACCGGAUUCGCCGAGGCAUCAAGCUCGUCUGGCCAGAUUCCGCUCGCGCCUACCGGGGGCGAUAGUGAUGGAUCUCGCCGCGUUUCCACCCGUGCGCCCACUGUAGGAACCUGGCGCGUCGACGUCUACAACGGUGACGUGACUAUCAAGGUCUGGACCCAUCAGCUCACCUGCGGCGCGACCGGGCCGUGGCCGACAACCAACGCCGGUUCGACCGCCACUCUUGGCUGCUCAAGCGGUUACACCGGCUCGCGGACCCGGUACUGCACGACAUCAGGAUCGUGGCAGUCCGAGUCCAACGGGUGCACGCUUGUCACCAACUACUGCUCACUCCUUACUGCGCCGUCCAACGGCAUCCUCACCGCCUCAUGCUCCAGCAAGCGCUCGCUUGGCGAGGUCUGUGGCACUUUUCAGUGUAACUCUGGGUACCAACUGUCCGGGUCGGCGUCGCGGACUUGCAACGCCGGACCGUCGUGGUCUGGCUCGGCCGCAUCGUGCGUCAAGAUCACCAACUACUGCUCACUCCUCACGGCCCCAUCCAACGGCUACAUCACAUCGGGCUCGUGCUCUGCGCAGCGCUCUAUCGGCGAGUCAUGUGGAACGUUCCAGUGCAACGGUGGCUACAGCCGCUCUGGCGAUGCGUCGCGGACGUGCAACGCGGGACCGUCGUGGUCCGGCUCGACAGCGUCGUGCGGACUCAUCACCAACUACUGCCCGCUCCUGACCGCACCGGCCAACGGAAUCAUCACGACCUCGUGCACCUCCAAGCGCUCGGUCGGGGAGUCGUGCGGCAACUUCCAAUGCAACGGCGGGUACCAGCUGAGCGGAUCGAUGUCGCGGACGUGCCAGUCGAACGCGGCGUGGGGCGGGUCAGCCGCGUCGUGCUCUCCCAUUCCUGACUAUUGUCCGCCACCGCCGGCUGCUCCGUCCAACGGCGUCCAGGGCUCAUGCUCGCGGACGGUUGGUGGCACUUGCUCGUACUCUUGCAACACCGGGUACAAUCCCGGCGGCGGCAUGACCAUCACCUGCCAGUCCAACGGUGCGUGGUCCGGAUCGCCUGCUGCCUGCAACCCGACAGCCGACUACUGUCCCGCGCUCACGGCACCGACGAACGGUAAUGCUCCGGCCUCGUAUUCGCGGACGAUCACCUCUGUCGCCUCCCCGUACACCUGCAAUGCAGGCUACGAUCUCUCCGGCUCGGCGUCGCGGACGUGCCAAUCUGACGGGACGUGGUCGUCGACAACGCCGACGUGCGUUCUCGACACGUCAUACUGUGGGGCUCGCCCCGCGACCCCGGCCAACGGCAACGCUGGCUCGUGUGGAUACUCGAUCGGCGCGUCGUGCACCUACGGGUGCAACAAUGGGUAUGAGCCGACAGGCUCGAUGACCGUCACCUGCAACUCGGGCGGUGCGUGGUCCGGGAGCCCGGCGUCGUGUGGGCUCAAGACCAACUACUGCCCGGCACUGACCAACCCAACCAACGGCCAGGAUCCUUCGUCGUACUCGCGGGUGCUCGGCGCGGUGGCGUCGCCGUACACGUGCAACUCGGGCUACAUCGUGACUGCGGGCUCGACGUCGCGGACGUGCAUGGCCAACUCUGCUGCAUCGGGGGUGUGGUCCGGCACGACGCCGACGUGCUCGAUCGACAACGCGCACUGCAGUACGGCGCCGGCGCCGCCGCCCAACUUUUUCAUCGACACUUGCUCGGCUGCCCAGUUUGGCGAGUGCAUCUACAAGUGCAACAACGGCUACACCCGCAGCGGCGGAGACCGGUACACGUGCCAGCCGGACACAUCCUGGGGCGGUAGCCUCGGGACGUGCUCUCUUACCAACAACUACUGUCCGGCGCUGACGAUCCCGGCCAACAGCAACCGCGGCGCGUGCUCCGGCCAGCUCGGCUCGAUCUGUGGCCCGGUCACCUGCAAUGCAGGGUACUCGAUCUCUGGCUCGGCGUCGCGGACAUGCGAAGACGCUGGGGUGAGUGCGGGAAUCUGGAGUGGCACGGCGACAAGCUGUGCGCUCAUCACCAACUACUGUACGCUUCCGAGUACGCCGAGCAACGGCGUGCUGGGAGCGUGCACGCGCUCCAUCGGCGGGAGCUGCACGUACACGUGUGGCAACGGGUACGAGACGUCCGGCACGACGACGAUCACCUGCCAGUCGGGACCGACCUGGUCGGGCUCGUUUGGCACGUGCGUCAAGACGAGCGGGUACUGUCCGGUCGAGUCGGCGCCGGCCAACGGCGUGGCGGGGACCGGGUGCACGGGCCAGAUCGGGACGUUGUGCGGACCGGCGAGCUGCAAUGCCGGGUACAACCCUUCGGGGACGGCGACGCGGACGUGCAACGCCAACAACGCGGUGAGUGGGACGUGGAGCGGGACGACGCUGACGUGCGCGAUCGACCCGGCUUACUGCACGACGCCUGCGGCGCCGGCCAAUGGGGCGAUUGGAUCGUGCCCGCUCUCGAUUGGGUCGUCGUGCACCGCGUCGUGCUCGAACGGAUACUCGACAGGCGGGCUGACGUCGGUGACUUGCGAGGCCGGUCCGGCGUGGUCGGGCGUGUUCGGUGCCUGCUCGAAGUAUGCUGGGUACUGUGGCGCGCUGCCGCAGCCGUCGAAUGGAGUGAUUCCAGGCUGCACAGGCAUGCUGGGAAGCUCCUGCGGGGCUGCGAGCUGCAACGCCGGCUACAAUCUGGCGGGCGACGCGACGCGUAACUGCAUCGACAACGGACCUGGGUUUGGCAGUUGGACCGGCACCUCGGUCUCGUGCAACAUCGAACCGAACCAUUGCACGCCGCCGCCGGCACCGGCCAACGGUGCGCUCGGAACGUGCAUCACGUCGAUCGGCGGCAGCUGCAGUUACACGUGCGACAACGGAUACGAGGUGUCUGGAACCGGAACGAUCACGUGCUCGGCCGGACCUACGUGGUCGACGUCGUUCGGGACGUGCGUCAAGAGCGCCAACUACUGCCCGGCGCACCCGCCGCUGGCCGACGGCAGCAACCCGUCGUGCACCGGCGAGAUUGAUGAGGUCUGCGGGACGUUCACCUGCAAUUCCGGCUUUGACAUUGUUGGCUCGGCAGAACGGACGUGCUUGAACAAUGGCCCCAUCACGGGGAUUUGGUCCGGCACCGCGCCAUCGUGCCAAGUCGACAACGACUACUGUCCUAGCGGCCCGGCACCGCCCGCCAACGGAGUCAAGGGCUCGUGCGCACGGUACCUUGGUGGAACGUGCGAGUACUCUUGCAACGCAGGAUACACCAAUACCGGCUCGUCCUCGCUGACCUGCACGUCUGGCAAGACCUGGUUGGGCGCUUCCCCCAACUGCGUGCCGUACAAUGACUACUGUCCGCCGAAAACUUCCAUCGAGUAUGGUAACGCGCCGGUGUGCAACAACCGCAUCAACGAGGUGUGUGGCACCUUCACUUGCAAUCCGCCUUUCGCCAUUUUUGGCGAGAAGGAUCGGACAUGCGGGCCUGACGGCGACUGGAUUGGCGACGAGCCGUUUUGCUCGUCGACCGACGUUUCCAAGUCGCUUGUCUACUCGGCGCAGUUCAUCACGGUCUCGGCCGACGGUCCAGGCUGGCGGAUUGAGAUCGAGCCGCGGACUGCAUCGAACGACACUCUUGCCGAAUCGCAGGACUUUCCGUCGGUCCUCCUGGCGUCGACGCCACCAUCGGUCGAGGCGCCGUCGGUGGCACCAGCAGCGGUGUGGAGCGCCGCAAAGUCGCGCUUCCUUAUCGAGCUUACCCCGCAAGUGGUUGCUACCUACUCGCUCAACAUCCUGCUCAACGGCGUUGUCAUCGGUGCCUCGCCGUACACUCUGGUUGUCGAGGCCGGCGUUCCUGCAGCGCCGACGACCUUUGCUACUGGCCGCGGGCUCGGCAUUGUUGUGACCGACGACGAUUUGUUCCCGCAGAACGAAGUUGUCCGGUUUGCGGUCUUCCCGCACGACCAGCACGGUAACGUGGUGCCAAUGGCGAGCAACCCGGCGACAACGCCGUACGUGGCGACGCUCAAGGGCGCCGGCUUUGCCGAGGGUGACGUCCCGAUUGUGUAUCUGGCGGGCGAGUCGGGACCGACGACGGGCUACGUGUACGAGUACUCGGUGCCGAUCGGCGGGCUGCUGACACUGUCUGUGACGCUUGACGGGCUGGCCAUUGCCGACUCGCCGUGGCUGGUCCAGGUGCGUGCAAUUUGCGAGCCUGGCAAGCAGGCGCUUCAGAUCACGGGCCCAUGCGUUCCGUGCGAGAAAGACUCGUACUCUGCGCCCGACGGGCGCGAGUGCUUGUUGUGCCCGGACUUUAUGACGUCGCCGUCGUCGUCAGGAUCGAUCGGCAACUGCACGUGUGUGCGUGGAUACUUUGAGAACCUGGCUGUGGUGGGCGCUGAUCCGAGCAAGCGGCAGUGCGACGCGUGUCCUGUGGGCGCAUCGUGCGCAGGCGGCAACGCGCGGCCGAUUGCGGAUCCCGGGUACCACCAGGUGGGUGACGAGUUUGUGUCGUGCCCACAGCCGUCGGCGUGCCUUGGUGCUGGACAGUGCGCACGGGGCUACAAGGGCGCGUCGUGCACUGACUGCGUCUCGGGCUACUACCGGCUUGGGGACCGCUGCUACAAGUGCAACAAGGCACAGGCGGCUUUCAUCGCGACUGGCAUUGCGUUUUUGCUGCUGCUGUUUGUGGCGGCGCUGGUGUACCUCAACACGCGCGAGUCGCACAACCGGAUGUACACGGCAGCGGCGUUUAUGAUCGGUUUCAACUCGCUGCAGAUCUCGGCGAUGUAUGGAGAGAUCGAUCUGCGUUGGCACCCUGUGGCGGAGCAGUUCUUCAACAUCCUCUCACUGGCCAACCUCAACAUCGAGCUCACCUCGCCCGAGUGCUCUGUCGACUUUUUCGGUGAUCCGUGGUUGAUCAAGUGGGUGCUCAUGCUCAUGCUGCCGAUCUUCAUGGUCUUCCUUCUUGGCGUUACUUUUGUGCUUGGCCUCCUCUACCGGCUGUUUGCACGGACGUACGGUGCCAAGUGGGCGGACAGGCACCCGUCGUACUUCCCUGGCGCCGAAAACUUCUUUGACGCCGGCGGCAAGGCGUCGCGGUCAACGCUGAUCAAGUUCCGGAUUGGGCGUCUGAUGUCCGAGGCACCGUUGACGCCUGCGGCGCUGCGGCAAGCUGUUGUGCGGACGUUCUUCCAGCUGUUCAUCUUCUGCUAUCUGCCGUUGACCGCAGUGGUCCUGCGGUACUUUGAGUGCGAGCGCCGCGCGCCGGGCUCGUCCGAGUACGUCCUCGCCACCGCGCCGUCAGUCGAAUGCUACGACGCCACGUACUGGAGUCUGUUCUGGAUGGCCAUUGCCGGCUCGAUCGUUUACGCGCUCGGUAUCCCGCUCUUCACCUACCUCCUCCUCUACUUCCGCAAGCGGCAGAUGGCCGAGGUCAACUUCAUGCUCCGCUACGGAUUCCUCGUGGCGCGCUUCCGCGAGAAGCUGUACUACUUUGAGAUCACAAUUAUGAUCCGCAAGUUGCUUGUUGUCGGUGCGGUCGUCGCCUUUGGCUCGCCAGUUCAGGAGGCUGUUAUGGCAGCGCUCGUUCUUGUUAUUUCGUUCGGCUUUGUCGCCCACGCCACGCCGUAUCUCAAACCGUUCCACAACCGCCUCGCGAUGUCUGCUCUCUUCACUUCGUGCAUUGUGCUCAUCGGCGGAACCGUCGACUCGAACGGUCUCCGCGACACGCUGGUUCUCGGCGGCCUCGGCGCCAACAUCUUUGUUAUCGUCUACGGUAUUGUGGUGGAGACCAAGAACCUCAUCAUCCGCGAGGCCGAGGACAUGGUUGAGGUCCUCGAGCUGCAGGACACUUUCGAGAUGGGCACGUUCACCAUCAACGAGGACGAGGACACUUCCAUGCAUUACAUGGUCCCGACGGAUGACGGCAAUGGCAAGCCGCCAGCCGGCGGCAUGGCCAAGCCGGCCGACUCAAUCGUCGUCUCGUCAAGCACCGAUGACAACACCUCGAUGGUCACCGCCUCAAUGGUCUCGUCGUCGGCACUCCACCCGUCGGAGUCGAUCUUCCCCUCGUUCGCUCUCGAGUGUGACACGGCUCCACCAGUCAUCCUCCCGCCGGGCCCGCCGUCGCCGGUCUCGCCGGUCGCACCGGCGAUGCCGGCGAUGCCGCCGCCACCGGCCCCGGCCCCGCCACCACCGCCCCCCGCCCCUGCCGCGGCUCUCCCGCCACCGACACCGUCGAUGGUCGCUGGCGUCCCGCCCGGAGGCUCGCUUCCGCCGCCGCCGUCUUCCACUAACCAGCCGGUGGUGGGCCCUGGUGGUCUGGUGGCGCCGCUGCCACCGCCCAAGGCCGCCCUGCCGCCACCGCCCGUCGGCCAUGGCCCGCCCAAGCCUUCCCGACCCAAGCCCUCGGCCCAUGCCGGCCCGCCCAUCCCGGCGCCUAAGCCGUCUGGCACCUCGGCCGCACCUUUUCCCCCGCCGAAGCCGUACUAGUCGUUUUGGCCCUCUUCACUCUCUACAACCAUCAUAACAUUUUCCCCCUCUUCACCCUCAUCAGCUGUCUUGUCGGCCUUCUCAUCUCAAGUACAAAAAAAAU